AUGUACGAUAAUUAUCUGGACGAGUCGUUUAUCCAUAACAAUUACAAGCUACAACACGACAGCCUCUAUCACCCAGACGAUGCUACAUGCAUCCCACCAAAAGAAAGGCACAAAGGCGAAAGACUCUGCUUUGUGGCGGCAAUUAUCGCGAGCGGUCCAACGACGGGUAAGUUUCUCGGGUUUCAGAUCUUUACCGGUGGCACAAGACAGCCCAAGGAUUACCACGCGAUGUUCACCCACGACUUCUUUGUUGACUGGUUUGCCGACCUACUCGACGAAAUAGAGUCAAUGAACUUGCAUGGCGUGAUCUUUGCAAUGGACAAUGCAAAGUGCCAUAAGGGCUUACCUGACGGCACCCCAAAAGCCACGUGGAAGAAGCCUCAACUGUUGGACACCUGUCGACGGCUCGGUGUUGAUGGGGCGGUUGCGGCCUCUAAAACCUACGUCGACAGGAACAUUGAGCCAGACGUCGUGCAGAUGGCUCGUGAGCAUGGCCAUAUUGUUGCCUCGACGCCGCCGUACCAUUCGGAUUUGCAGCCCAUCGAGAUGGUGUGGGCUUGGGUUAAGGGCCGCGUCGUACGACAGUAUUCCACGUCUACGACACUGGCCAACGUACGCCUGCGCCUUGACGCCGCCUUUGAUGCGCUGCCGAGCUUGGUGAUCUACAACUGCAUUCGGCACACCGAUACUAAGGUAACAGCAAUGUACGAGUACCUCGAAGCACUCGACAUGGCUGACGAUGAUGCUGGACAGGCGUCAUCCUCAUCAGCGAUAUCGGAAAAAAAAAGCGUCCUCGAUAGCCUCGCGACUGUGAAGUAG